AAUAGCAGACGGUGGUUGUAAAUCAAAUGCAGUAACAAUCAAAACCCGAGACUGAAGCCGGUGGUUGUGAAUCAAAUGCAGGUGGAGGUAGGAUGCUCUCUCUGCGAAAUUCAUUUGUUUGAAUACUGGGAUCCCGUCAAUUUACAAGCUAAAUACUAUUGCAAUAUGUGUGGAGGAAUCUGGAUUCAAGGUUCUGACCCAGGGGUUGACUGUGGAGGAAUAGCACCAUCAUCUGCAUCCUCCUUUUCCAGUGAGAAUUCUAGGCUUCAAUCACAGCCACAGUUGUAUAAUUUGAGGUUAUCACAAAACAUCUCUACUAUAAAGUCAGCCACAGUAAGCGUUCCCUAUACAACUGCUUAUCAGACAAGCUGGAAAGCAGAAUCAUCCAGUGGAUCUGGUGAAAUUGCUGGACUUAUGAAGUCCGCUGAUUCAUUGAAGAUUGAAGAAAGCAAACCACAAGAACCAGAAUCACCAGGUAGAUUUGGUGAAAUGGCUGAACUUAUGAAGUCUGGUCAUUCAUUAAUGGCUGAAGAAACCAAACCACAAGGACAAGGGGCAAACUCCAGGAAUUCUGCUAGUGCCAACCCCGCUGCCUAUUUCCCACAACAUGCUAAAAGUGCAGAUCCUUUUCUGGUAGAGGUGAAGGAAAAAUGCACUCUCUGUGGGGAUCUGGAAACAGUCUUUCAUUUUUUUGAAUCUUGGGAUCUUGCUGUCAAACUUAGAUACUCUUGCAAUAAAUGUAGAAUAUGCUGGUUUCUAGGUUUAACCCUAGAGGAUGAUUGUGGAGUGAAAGCACAAUCAUCUGCACCUUCUUUUUCCUCAAAUGAGAAUUCUAGGUCACAAUCGCAGCCAGAGUCUCAUAAUUUGGGGUCAUUACAUAAUCACAUCUCUGCUCUAAGUUCAGCCACAGCAGAAGCUCCCCAGACAACUGCUAAUCAGGUGGUGCAGCUGCAGCAGGUGAAGGAAAAAUGUUCUUUCUGUGGGUCACGGGAAAUAAAUUUCUGCUGGUACGAGUCUUGGCAGUCUGAUUCGGUCAAAAUUAGAUACUUUUGCUAUACUUGUGGAAGAUUCUGGAUUCAACAUUUUAUCCUAGUGGAUGACCGUGGAAGGAAAGCUCCAUCAUUUGCAUCUUCUUUCUCCUCAAGUGAGAAUUCUAGUUUUCAAUUGCAGCCACAGUGGCAUAAUUUGGGGUCACCGCAAAACAUCUAUACCACAAAUUCAGCCACAGCAAAAGCUCUCUAUACAACUGCUUAUCAGGUGGAGGUAGGAUGCUCUCUCUGCGAAAUUCAUUUGUUUGAAUACUGGGAUCCCGUCAAUUUACAAGCUAAAUACUAUUGCAAUAUGUGUGGAGGAAUCUGGAUUCAAGGUUCUGACCCAGGGGUUGACUGUGGAGGAAUAGCACCAUCAUCUGCAUCCUCCUUUUCCAGUGAGAAUUCUAGGCUUCAAUCACAGCCACAGUUGUAUAAUUUGAGGUUAUCACAAAACAUCUCUACUAUAAAGUCAGCCACAGUAAGCGUUCCCUAUACAACUGCUUAUCAGACAAGCUGGAAAGCAGAAUCAUCCAGUGGAUCUGGUGAAAUUGCUGGACUUAUGAAGUCCGCUGAUUCAUUGAAGAUUGAAGAAAGCAAACCACAAGGGCAAGAGGCAACCUCUGGGAAAACUGCUCCUGCCAACCCUCUUGCUGAGAAACCUGUGGCCAAUCGUCCACCACGUGCUGAAAAUGUAGCGGCUGUGCUGGCAAAGCAGGGGAAAUCAUCUGUUGCAAAUCAGAUGAUGCAGGCCAAGUGGAAACCAGAAUCAUUGAAGGUUGAAGAAAGCAAACCACAAGAGCAAGAGGCAACUUCUGGGAGAACUGCUCCUGCGAACCCUCCUGCUGUCAAAUCUGCAGCCAAUCACCCACCACAUGAUGAAAAUGCAGCUGCUCGGGCAAAGGUUUAUGCUGUUGAACUGAAUUCAGUUAGUUGCCUUACUGAUUUUAAUAUUUUGCAAUUGCAGUUGGUUGGAGGGAGCACUACAAAGCAAAAGAGCGAGGCACAAAGAAAGAGAGACAAGGAGAAGAGGGUGAAACAAAAGAAAAGGCAGCAACAAAAGGCAGCAACAAAAGGAAAGCUUGCAGCGGCAGUUGCUGCUGCUGACACAGAGAAAGAGAAACAAGAGAAACAAGGAGAAGAGGAGGAAACAAAGUUAGAUAUAGGUGCUAUAUUAGCGGCAACAAAAGGAAAGCCUGCAGCUGCAGCUGACACUACUGCCAUAGCUGCUGGAGCUGCCGCUGCUGCCACUAUUGCUGCCGUCCUUUCUGCCAUAGCAGCAACAGCUAAGGGUUCCCGAUCGGAUGCAAAUGUACUAUAUUAGGUUCCAGCUGCACUAAAGAGGAUCUGGUGCAUUUCACCAUAAGCUUGCCCUGAAUCUUGUGGUAGAAUUAUUUUUCUUGUGGCAUUUGAUGAUAGAAUGUGAGGUUAUCAAAUAAAGCAAAAGUACGUUAGCGUAUAAAAGGCGCCUCCAUGAUAUGGCAAAGGUGCAAGUCAAAUGUAUAGAUUCAUCCCUGAAUUUAUAGGGAGAAAUUUUACGACAAUUUCAACUUAGACUUAUUCAACACUUCAACUUAUAAAAUUAUUGUAUUAAAUACUUCAAUUUGUAAAUUAAAUCAAGUAAACAAGAUAAAAUAGGCUUCAUGCAUGUAAAA